CAACAACAACGACGAUGAAACCAAGGCCAGGCAUCCAUCCGCUCUAACAUGGGGAAUAAGCAGACAGUCUUCACGGCAAUGCAGCUGGACGCCUACCAGGACUGUACAUACUUUACAAGGAAAGAAAUUCUCAGACUCUUCCACCGCUAUCACGAUCUGGCGCCGCAGCUUGUUCCCCUCGACUACACUGAGCAGCCAGAUGUGAAGCUACCAUACGAACUGAUUGGCAGCAUGCCCGAGCUGAAGGACAACCCGUUCCGCCAGAGGAUUGCGGAGGUUUUUUCUGAGGAUGGCCAAGGCAACAUGACUUUGGACGACUUUCUCGACAUGUUCUCAGUUCUAAGCGAGAUGGCACCACGGGACCUCAAAGCAUACUAUGCUUUCAAAAUUUAUGACUUCAACAAUGACGAUUUCCUCUGCAAGUCAGAUCUGGAGAAGACUCUGAACAAGCUGACGCGCAAUGAGCUGACGGAGGACGAGGUGCGCAUGGUGUGCGAGAAGGUUCUGGAUGAGGCCGACAUGGACAAUGAUGGCCGUCUGUCGCUGGAAGACUUUCAGCACAUGAUUGUCCGGGCACCAGACUUCCUCAGCACCUUCCACAUAAGAAUAUAAAGGAAAGGAAGGCAACUACCCCAUCAGAACGGACAUGAAAUACUGACAACUGAAUCUGAAGUGGAAAAGUGCUCAAAUUGAUGUUUGAGGAUCUUUGGAUUUUUUUUUUCCCCAUUAUUUAAAUUUAUAUAUAUAUUUAGUCCCUAUAAAAAAAACUUGAAACAUCAAUUUUUGUUUUCAAUCUACGAAAGCUCCAA